AUGUCUGUUCCUGCUGGAAUCCCCCAAGGCACAAAAAUUGGCCCAUGGCUCUUUUUGGCAAUGAUUAAUGACCUCACUAUAGGGGAAUUACCGGCAGAAAUGUGGAAAUUUGCAGAUGAUACCACAGUUUCAGAAGUUGCGAAGAAAGAUGGUGCAAGUGAGCUGCAGGGAACAGUACAUGAAUUAUCUGAGUGGACAAAUCUUAAUAGGUUCCAGUUGAACCCAACUAAAUGUAAAGAAAUGAUAAUAAGUUUCAAAAAGCAGCCGUGUGUUUACACUUCAUUAAAUGUAAACAACCAAUCAUUCGAAGUCGUGAAUGCAGCAAAACUCCUUGGAGUAACUAUUACACAAGAUCUCAACUAUUACACAAGAUCUGCGUGGACACGCAGCGUAUUUAUUUGCUAUAAGACAACUCAAACGAGCUGA